ACAGUGGAAGAGAGAGAGAGAAAGAGAGAGAGACACACACAUACAGUGGAAGAGAGAGAGAGAGAGACCCACACACAUACAUACAUACAUACAGAGAGAGAGAGACUUAUCUUCUGCUCGUUUGCAGUCUGUUUUAGUACCAAUCGAAUUGCUUGUUAUUUCCCAGGCUCGGAAAUUGCACGCAUUUAUUGUUCGGAAACAAUCUGAAAACGGAUAUUCGUGGAUAACUCCGGGCGCUUUAAUAUUUUACAGCGUGAAUUCAUCGGGAAACUCGCGCGUUUAAGAUCUUUUCCGUCGGGUCAGACGUGGAUAUUUAUACUGGUGCCAGUUGGAUCAGAGCUUCAGAUUUGGGUUUGAAUGUAUCAGCCGCAUUAUUGCAUCCGGUGGAACCUUUUAUAUUAGACGCUUGAUGUUACGUGUGGAUUAAGAUCGAAUGCUUUUAUGGAUGUUACAUUGUUGCACAUUACAGUGACAUCAGUGUUAAUGUGUCAUUUCUGAGGAAAUAAAAGCAAAUGUAGCGGCGCUUGUGAUCAACGCAGACAGUCCGAGAGAAGAUUUGGGGUUUUCUGGAUCUCAAAGGGGAUUUUUUAAAUUCUGUAUCGGCUUGGUUAGUGACAUAUUAAAGACUGGCGUAUGAAACAGAUUGCCUGUGCUUCUCCUGUUCUUCGAUUCUCCGCCGUCUCCUCUCCGGUUGUGGAUUCAGACCCCGGGAUCUUCAUGAUUUGCGGACAAAAUGGCCGUUUUUUAGCCGGGGAACCCUUUUGUCGUCCCGCAUGUUCAGGACCAAACGAUCGGGGCUCGUCCGGCGACUCUGGAGGAGCCGUGCGCCCGUGGAGGGCGACGGGGACGCGGACGCGGACACCGGGACGCGCGGGGGCACCGCGGGCUGCUGCCUCGGGAAACCGAGCGGCGGCAAGCCGAACCCUGGCACCGAAGCUGAACUGAAAGCCCUAACCUACUCCAUCCUGAAAAAGAUCAGAGAGAAGCAGUUGGAGGUACUCCUGCAGGCGGUGGAGUCCAAGGGGGGAGCGCGGAGCCCCUGCCUCCUCAUGCCCGGGAAAGUGGACGCCAGACUGGGUGAACAGUCAUACCCGCUCCCGCUGCUGCUCUACAAGGUGUUCCGGUGGCCGGACCUCCGGCAUUCCUCGGAAUUAAAGAGACUCUCGUGCUGUGAAUCUUACGGGAAAAUCAACCCAGAGCUCGUGUGCUGCAACCCGCAUCAUAUGAGCAGACUCUGUGAGCUCGAAUCCCCCCCACCCCCAUACUCAAGAUAUCCCACCGAUUUUCUUAAACCACCUGAUUCUCCAGGUUCUGUGCCUGCUUCCACUGAAACUGGGGGAACGACGUAUUCGGCCCCUGUGGGGUUCUCUGAUUCCCUGGCUCUUCAGGAGCAUGGCGAACAGCCUCACUGGUGUGUAGUCGCGUACUGGGAGGAGAAGACCCGCGUUGGACGCCUCUACUCUGUCCAGGAGUCAUCUCUGGACAUUUUCUAUGACCUACCUCAAGGCACGGGCUUUUGCCUGGGCCAACUCGCCUCCGACAACAAAAGUCAACUCGUGCAAAUGGUGCGGGCCAAGAUCGGCUAUGGCAUCCAGCUCAGCCGCGAAGCUGAUGGUGUUUGGGUGUACAACCGGAGUUGCUAUCCGAUAUUCAUCAAGUCAGCCACACUGGACAACCCGGACUCACGGACGCUGCUAGUGCAUAAAGUAUUCCCCGGAUUUUCCAUUAAGGCCUUCGACUUUGAGAAGGCGGGAAGCCUGCAACGACCCAACGACCACGAGUUUAGCCAACAGCCGCGGACGGGUUUUACCGUACAGAUAAGUUUCGUAAAGGGCUGGGGGCAAUGCUAUACCAGACAGUUCAUCGGUAGCUGCCCCUGCUGGCUUGAGGUCAUAUUUAAUAACCGAUAACAGCAAGCCUCGCCCUUGACCACGCCCCCAUUCCUUUAUCCCCAUGGAGAUGGACUAGCCCUUAACUUUUAUGGACUACAUUUUUUUUGUUUUGUUUUCUUGAGAAGUGGAAAGGUUCUCCAGAGGAUGUUUUACAAAAGAAAACUCACUUUGACUUGUUUAAUGAAUGACUAAGAUUUAAUUAAGUGAAAUAGAAGCUAAAAUGUAUUUUAUGUUAAAUAUAAAUAUAUUAUUACGUGUAAAUAUGAAGUUUUAUAUGCAUUAUUUAUGUAUUGUGCAAUGUGUUGAUGAGAAAAAGAGAAGAUGCACUUUGCUUAAUAUAAAUGCAAACAAAGACAUGCCAAAAUAAAACAAAAAAUACAUGA